CUGAAAUCAGGAUGCGUUGUUUAAAACACACAAUCAAGAUGACCCAGCUUGAGAGGUUGUAUGAUAUAUAAACCCGAACACAACUCUGUUUGUUGUCUUUGACAUCAGCCAGUUGACCUCCAUCUCAGUCAGAAAGGAUGAAGUGUGUCUCCCUCUUCCUCAUGUUGUCGCUGGUCGUCCUCAUGGCCGAACCAGGAGACGCUUUUAUUCACCACAUCUUCAAGGGAAUUUUUAAUGUUGGCAAGGCCAUCUAUGGGGCCGUGAGACAUGGACGGUGGGGACAGCAGCAGCAGCAGCAGCAGUACCAGCAGGACCAGCAGGAUCUGCAGGACCAGCAGGACCAGCAGGACCAGCAGGACCAGCAGGAUCUGCAGGACCAGCAGGACCAGCAGGAUCUGCAGGACCAGCAAGAGCAGCAGCAAGAGCAACAAGAGCAAAUGGAUCGACGCUUCUUUAACCGGGAGCGGGCCGCUUUUGAUUAGACUUCCAUCUGAAAGAGCCAUGCUAAAACUUUGCUUUAGAUGAAUAGAAAUGUUUUUGUUCUUCAGAAUUCAGAAAAAACAUGGCUUGAAAGCAUUUUUGCAGUGUAGUUUUCAAAAUUUUAAUUGAUUUGGGAAGAAAUGUUGCUCAUUUUGAAUAAAUCUUCACUGUAACACA